GCGCAGGCGCCGGCCAGGCUGCCAAGGCGCUUUUAAAGCUUGCCCGGAAGUGACGCGGUCGCGCUGAUUCCCAAACUGGGGAAGGGCUGAGCGAAUCGCUGAGGCUAGCGGGCCGGGCGGGCGUCCUCGGCCACUAUGAGCUGUACGAUCGAGAAGAUCCUGACGGAUGCCAAGACGCUGCUGGAGCGGCUGCGCGAGCACGAUGCGGCGGCCGAGUCGCUGGUGGACCAGUCGGCCGCGCUGCACCGGCGGGUGGCGGCGAUGCGGGAGGCGGGCGCCGUGCUGCCCGAGCAGUAUCAAGAGGAUGCACCCGACGUGAAGGACAUGUCUAAAUAUAAACCUCACAUUCUGCUGUCUCAAGAGAAUACCCAGAUUAGAGACUUGCAGCAGGAAAACAGAGAGCUGUGGGUUUCCUUGGAGGAACACCAGGAUGCUUUGGAACUCAUCAUGAGCAAGUACCGGAAACAGAUGUUACAGUUAAUGGUUGCUAAAAAAGCAGUGGAUACCGAACCAGUUCUGAAAGCUCACCAGUCCCACUCUGCAGAAAUUGAAAGUCAGAUUGACAGAAUCUGUGAAAUGGGAGAAGUGAUGAGGAAAGCAGUCCAGGUGGAUGAUAAUCAGUUUUGCAAGAUUCAGGAAAAACUAGCUCAACUGGAGCUUGAAAAUAAAGAACUUCGAGAAUUAUUGUCCAUCAGCAGUGAGUCUCUUCAAGUUGGAAAGGAAAAUUCUGUGGAUCCUGCUUCCCAGCCCAUCAAAUAACUGAACUUGUGAGUGCUGGCUGCAGAUGGCCCGGCAAGGAGAGGAGUGACAGCCUCCCCUAAGAUGCGUCCAGUCAAGUGUCUUGCCGAAAGACUUGAUUCAGGGUUGAUCAGAGGGAUGCGAUGGCAGUUCAGAACUGCCGCUUGUUGUCAUUGUCACAAAACAAUUUGGGGUAUAUAGUAAAAAUAGAGAUGUCUCACCAUUCCUUUGUCAGAAAUUACGUUUAGUUUGACUCUGGGACCUGAACUUAUAUAAACUGUUGUGUUCAGUUUUUCUUAUCUCUGAAACUCUGAACAUUUUAUUAUAAACCAGUGAUUUUAUUUUAUAUAGGAUUAUUAAAUUGACUUCUAAGGAUUCUUAAGAGAUCAUACUUUUAAAAAGUA